CGUCCCUGCUGCUGCUGACGUUGGUGCUGUCUAAUCUGACGAUGGCGUCUAAGGAUCAGUCACUUCUGGACCUAACAGACAAGGAAACCCGAGAGAAACUSUCUUUGUGGGACCGCCGCACGGAUGCCAUGGCUCCCCUGACGGAGAAGCAGAUGGACUCUGUUCUAGAGAUCCGAACAGCAGCUGAAACGCUCUCUGUUCCCUCAGAGUUACCCAUUGAAGACUUAUGCAGCCUGUCAUCUCGGUCCUUGCAGUCUCCAUUCACAGCAACCGUGCCUGCCUCAAUAGAGGACAUCCUGCUCAAAGGUUUUCAAAUUCUAGAUAUGGAAAAUGAUAGGAUAGAAACGGCACAACAGUUUUUUGCCUGUUUUGCAAAGUUACAGUCACACAUGGAUCUGGAUGAAAGCACAAAGUACAGGAGAACCAGAGAUGAUUUAAACUGCUACCAGGAACAAUGUGAUGCCAUUCUGAAAGAUGUCAGUGUAGCUCUCGAGCACUUGGAUUCUCUUCAGAAGCAGUACCUGUUUGUGUCCAAUAAGACUGGUGCCCUACACGAGGCUUGUGAACAGCUCCUCAAAGAACAAUCAGAACUUGUUGACCUUGCAGAGAGCAUUCAGCAGAAACUAUCAUAUUUUAAUGAACUAGAAAACAUAAACACGAAAUUAAAUUCUCCAACUUUAUCUGUAAAUAGUGAAGGUUUUAUACCAAUGUUGUCCAAAUUGGAUGACUGCAUAGAAUAUGUUUCCUCACAUCCUAAUUUUAAGGAUUAUCCAGUUUAUUUGUCCAAAUUUAAACAAUGUCUCUCUAAAGCUAUGCACUUCAUGAAGGUCUACAUUGUAAACACUAUGCAAUCUCUCACCAACCAGUUAACAAAAAGGGAUCCAAUGGGCUUGACAAAUGCAGAUAAUGCCUUUACACUUUAUUAUGUUAAGUUUAGAGCGGCUGCACCCAAAGUUAGAUCACUGAUUGAACAGAUAGAGCAGCGGACGAAGACGAUUCCCGAAUACCAGCACCUCUUAGAUGAAAUCCAUCAGUGCUAUCUUGACCAGAGAGAGCAGCUCCUCAGUCCCUGCAUUACAUCCACCAUUACUGACUUAACCAAGCAAAACAGCAAAGACCACUGUGCGCUGGUUCGCAGUGGCUGUGCCUUUAUGGUCCAUGUGUGUCAGGAUGAACACCAGCUGUACAAUGAGUUCUUCUCCAAACCAACACCUAAACUAGAUGAGCUUCUGGAGAAGCUGUGCUUGUCGCUGUACGAUGUUCUUCGACCUCUGAUUAUCCACAUCAUCCACCUUGAAACCCUGUCUGAGCUCUGCAGCAUCCUAAAGACUGAGAUGCUGGAAGACCAUGUACAUAACAAUGCUGCUCAGCUGGGCGCCUUUGAUGCUGUAGUGAAGCAGAUGCUGGAGGAUGUCCAGGAGAGGCUGGUCUACAGGACUCACAUUUACAUUCAGACUGAUAUCAUGGGUUACAACCCAGCUCCAGGUGAUCUGGCCUACCCUGAAAAACUGGAAAUGAUGGAGAGAAUUGCUCAGAGUUUGAAGGAAGAACAGAUGAAGCAGAAGUCACAAGAGUUUUCAGACGUACAGCUUGAAGAUGCUGAUGAGAGAAGAAACAGCAAUGCCAGCAGCGUAGAAGCAUCUCGUCUUCACACAUCUGUGUCUCCUGCCGAUCUGCACGGCAUGUGGUACCCAACUGUCAGGCGAACAUUGGUUUGUCUGUCUAAGCUCUACAGAUGCAUAGAUAAAGCAGUGUUCCAGGGUUUAUCUCAAGAAGCCUUAUCUGCCUGCAUCCAGUCGCUGCUUAAAGCUUCUGAUAUAAUCCUUAAAAACAAGACACAAAUAGACGGGCAACUUUUCCUGAUCAAGCACCUGCUGAUAAUGCGUGAACAGAUUGCCCCAUUUCAUACUGAUUUUGCCAUCAAGGAAAUCUCACUGGACCUGAAAAAAACACGAGAUGCUGCCUUCAAAAUCCUGAACCCUAAGGCUGUUCCCAAAUUCUUCCGACUCAAUAGUCACAAUGCCAUCCUUGAAUUCCUGUUGGAGGGAACACCAGAGAUAAAGGAGCACUACAUUGACUCAAAGAAAGAUGUGGACCGACACCUGAAGUUCAGCUGUGAGCAGUUUAUCCAGCAGCAGACUCAGAUCUUUGUGGGGAACCUUGAGGAGUUUCUCACCAAGGUUGCAGCUCUUAAAACCAUGGCAGUGCAAGGUGGUCCCACGUACAGCCUGUCUCAGCAACCUUGGGCUCAGCCAGCCAAGAUCAACGAUAUAGUGAUGGCCACCUACAGGGUGAUGAAGAGCAAGCUGCCCAGCACUUUACAGAGCAUGUCCUUGUACUUGGCCAAUAGAGACACAGAGUUCAUCCUUUUCAAGCCUGUCCGGAAUAACAUCCAGCAGGUAUUCCAAAGACUGCACGGCUUGCUUCAGGAGGAAUACAGUGGAGAAGACCUUCAAAUCAUCGCAUGUCCAUCUAUGGAGCAGAUUAACCUGCUGCUGUCUGUGAAUAAGUAAUGUUGGCUGAAUGGAUGCUGGUGAAGACGCACUCCGGAGCAACGUGAAGCCGUAGCUUCAGCCAUGACCCGGAGCCAUAACGCAGCAAGAAGACCAGAUAAAUCUGCACCUGUGCUGCCUGCAGGGCCAGGAGUGCGGGCUGGACAUUAAAAACAAAUCUUGCUCAAGUCCAAAGGUUUUGAUUUCGAUAGAGGUUUGGGUGCUCGGAACAGCGGGAGGAGUAACCUUUUGGGUACUGAGCGGCUCAUUUUGUUUAGCAAAAAAUAUAAAGGUGGUGGUGGGUUGCUUUUGGCUUUCCUACCACCAUUUUUCUUUUCUUUUUUUGUGGGGAGGGAAAACCUAAAAAACAUUCUGUUCUUCUAUGAAAAUGGAAUGAAAAAUCAUUAGAUUCACAAAUCGACAUGUUAAACGGCUGCUCAUCAGGCAGGAAGUUAGUAGCCAGUAAGUUCAGUUAUAGGCCUAAAUUUCCUUCCCAGGUUAGGAAUGAUGGCAUAAAGAAAAUGCUGCAAAAGGCUCAAUUACGUAUAUUUUGAACAUGUCAGAGUCUUUGUGACCCAUUCAGUGUGACUCAGUGAUGACCUGAGCUACAGGUGACUCAGGUCCAACAGGUUUUUUUCAUCUACARGUUUUCUUUAAACUGUUUCAUCCCCCAGGAUUUAGUUUUUCUGUUACACAUUUGUCAUAUUGAAAUGUUUUGUUUUAUAAUCUUUMUUUUAUAACUAGAUUGAUUAAAUUUAGUAUACAUUUGUUCUAACAUAAUAGAUGGUGGGAGUUUUGCUCUGUAGAAGAUAAAUGAAUGUCUCAGAGUAACAGAGUAUCUAAAGUACCAGAUUGUUAUCAGUGUAUAAUGUGCUUCAGUGCGUCCCAUGUGAAAUAUUGUGUAGAGGUCUUCUAUUUAUGGACAUUCUAAUUAAAAAGAGGUUAAUAAUGUUAUUUGGCUUUAUUUCUAAAAAGCACUUAGUUGUURAAUUCAAAUUCAAGAGACGCCGCGGCCCUAAAUGAGACAAUCCUCCUGAAGGACAUCGUCAGCUUUGGGGGGUCUUCUUGGCAGUGUGCUGCUGUUCCACUGGCAGCCGCCGUCUUUCCAUCUGUGAGAUGAGACUGGGCUGGAGCUUGACCUUCUGAGGACCGGCGGCCUUUUGAUAGGUGACGAGGGACUGGAUGUUCUGAAGCAGUACAUUKAUCUCUUCGCUUUUCUGGCUCAGAUACCUCUGAAGCAAGUCGGGCACUGGCAUCAUUAGAUCUUUGCUUUCAUUCAGCUGCRGGACCGAAGAAAUGCAAAGCAGAAAAAAAGAGGGAUGAUUUGGUCCGAGUCUGAAGCUGUUGCUUCACAGAAAUAAUACUAAAGGUCACAGCAAUGUACUUUGAGUUUAGCUUCUUUGCAGCGCUGUAUGCUGCCUUUAUCAGAGGUGAAAGUGAUGCAAAUGACCUAUUUGAUACGGAUGUUGACGGGGCUCAAGAGUCAAGCUGAGUGGCUGGCAUGGUGGAGUGUGGACAUGUUUAUUGUCCAGGCAGCUCCAGUGUUUCUUUAAAGCUCCUGUCUCAUUGCAGCAGAUGCCUCCCCAUGAAGUGAGAUUAACCCUAAUUAAGAGUAGUGAAUAAUAAGGCCCCUGAAGUAUUUUUUAAAGUGGAAUGUUUGAUUCCUGCCUAUUUUGUUGAUUUUGCACUAAUGAAGCAUGGGAAAUAUGACAAAUGAAUAAACGAAACUUACC